AUGGAUGAGAUGAUUGGCCUCUUUCGCACUCAUCAAAACUUCUUCCUCGGCCAUGUCAAAACGUAUGUGGUGUGUGCAAUUGUAGAGGGGGACUUACAGAUUGCACCGGAACAGCUGCAAGUUAUACGCCAAUCAAUCAAAGAACUCGGCCUCUCCAACGCUCUACUCUAUUACGAACGAACAAUGGAACACUUCAUCAACACACAAACACAUUUCGGAACGGUCUUGGUGGAUGGCAGGCUUGCCGAGCCGAGGACAUACGUAGAGGACCGCGAUGUUACAGACGCAAAACCAAAGUCGCCGACCUGGCAAGGGAAAUAUGUAGACGGGGAAUGUCAAUAUGAACUCGUUUUGGAUGGUGUUAUUCUCUCAUCACAAAAUACUCCCCCGGUCAAUGAAUACAUCUGGAUGCAAGAAGACGCGAGGUGGAUACAGUGGGAUGGCUAUCAGUGGGUGUAA